AUGCUUCUCGCUCCUCCCAUGCUUCUGCCACUCGUUCUUUCCCUGACAGCAUGGGCGCCGUAUCGUAGCGCGCUGCCGAAGCUGGUGUCCGGGAGGCAGGCUGUGGCGGCCAGAGCGGCCGCGGCUGUUGCCGCCGACGCCGACACCGUGGACGCCGAGGCGGAUGCCUUCUUUCGUAGCAUCGACGAGAAUUGUGACGGGCUCAUAUCCUUCGAGGAGCUCUCCAACCACCUCGGCAGCUUGGGGUAUGCGACGGGCGCUAUCGAGCAUGUGGUUGACAUGCUCGACCUAAAUCGCGACGGCGAAAUCUCGCCCGAGGAGCUGCGCGAGAGCUUCAGGCGGUACGACGAUCCCGCGCUGCGUGCCGCCCUGGGACUGAGCCUGUCUGCUGCGGAUGCCGUCUUUGAUGCGCUCGACGCAAACGGCGACGGCGCGAUCUCCAGGUCGGAGCUGGCCGCAUACCUGAAGGGCAACGGCUACGGCGACCCCAAGUACCGCUGCACGGCCGACGCAAUCUGGCAGAUGCUCGAUAUCAACGCAGACGGCGCGGUCUCUCGAUCCGAGCUGCGGAGCGGCUAUCUCACCUACUCGGCGCUGCGAACGGCGCUCGGCAUGGGGAACAGGUGA